AUGGAAGACAAUUCAUCAUGCAAGGUUGUGGAUAUAGGAACAAGAAAAAUCAAGAUGUUUGAUGGAGCUGUUCGAACACUUGAUGAUGUGAGACUUGUUCUUAAUUUGAAGAGAAGUCUUAUUUCUCUUAGUACCCUCGAUUCAAAGGUUACAAUUGUAGGCGAUAUUGUUGUAAUUACCUCCUCGUUAUCUGAUGAUGAUGUCACAAAAUUGUGGCAUAUGCUACUUGGUCAUAUGAGUGAGAAUGGAAUGACAGAUUUGAGCAAGCAAGGACUUCUUGAUGGGAAGAGUAUUAAUGAAUUGAAGUUUUAUGAGAAUUGCAUUCUCAAUAAGCAUAAAAGAGUUAUGUUCUCUAAAGUAAUCUACGACACUAAAGGAACACUGGAUUAUAUUCACUCUGAUCUCUAG